CAUUUAUAAAAGAGGGACGAAAGAUACCAGAGGGACUAUAAAGGUGCGUCUCCAAUUCUAUAAAUGUGCAUUUGUAUAAUAAAAGAUGUUUACCUGUCUUAUUGGUUCUUUGAUCAAUACCUCGAUAUCUGUAUCAACACAUGUUUAUUUGUAUUAAAAUUAUUAUGCGAUGUAAAAAUUACGUUUUUUAGUACCUUUCUAUCUUCAGUAAUAUAUUCACGCAGCAUGGAUGCUUAGUGAAACAUGUUUGUUGUUUAAUAUAACACAAAAUGUGUCGUAUUUCAGAUGUUUCGCUUAGAUGAGUAGGUAUGGAUUUAAUACUAGUUUGAAAACAGUAUAAAACACAAGUUUAAUCACUGUUAAUAGGAAGGAAGUUGGAAAUUUUUAUAAAACGUGUACUAGGUCACAUGACUUUUCUGUACUGUGACAAUGUCGAGUCGAACAACUAUCAAUGAUAUUUAUAAAGCACACGAAAGGAUAAAGCCGUUUGUUCACAGAACACCUAUUUUCACAAGUUCGACUUUUAACAAUUUAAUUGGGAGAGACGCAUUUUUCAAAUGUGAAAAUUUACAGAAAACUGGAUCCUUUAAAGCAAGAGGAGCAUUAAAUUCGAUUUUGAAAUUGAAAGAAGCACAUCCAGAUUUAAAAGGAGUGGUCACUCACAGCAGUGGUAACCAUGGCCAGGCUACAGCUUGGGCUUCCCGUAUGUCAGGUGUUGAAUGUUCGGUUGUCAUUCCAAGAACAGCGCCUAAAGUCAAGGCUGCGGCUAUUAAAGGUUAUGGAGCAGAAUUGACAUUUUGUGAGCCUAACCCAACUGCAAGAAAAGAAACCUGUGACAAGAUAGCUGCAGAGAAAGGAUAUGCAGUUGUUCACUCGGCAGAUCAUUACGACGUUAUCGCCGGACAGGGUACAAUGGCAGUGGAGCUUUUAGAAGAAGUACCAGAUUUAGACGCUAUAUUAGUAUCGUCAAGUGCAGGUGGAAUGAUUUCUGGUAUAUCUAUUGCAGCGAAAGCUAUCAACAAAAAUGUAAAAGUAUUUAUGGUAGAACCAGAAGGUAAAAUGGCUGAAAAGUGCAUGCGAUCAGGUGAACGAUUGUGGCCGAACCCUCCAAAAUUUUUAGAUACGAUAGCAGACGGGAUUAUUUUACAGCAAUUAGGCCAUCUUACAUUUCCAAUUAUUUGUGAUCUAGUUGAAAAAGAUGUUUUCACUGUGGGUGAUGAAGAUAUGAUAAAAGGGAUGAAGUUUUCAUUUCAACAUAUGAAGUUGGUUAUAGAAGCCGCUUCUGGAGCGACAGUUGCUGCUGCCAUGUCAGAUAAGUUAAAGCAAAUGGAUCCUAGUAUGAAGAAAAUUGGCAUUAUAAUAUGUGGUGGAAACGUUGACAUAGAUAAACUGCCAUGGAACUCACAGAAGGAACCACAAGGAUAGCAUGCCUCAUAAAUACUAGUAGUUUAUUUUGUAUAACUAAGUACUGUAUGCAAUAAUAGAAACAUGCUUAAUAUACUUUAAAAUGAUGUAGCUGUGUCCAAUUGAAAAAUGUUUCCUAAAAAUUUCCCCAACUUCCUUGCUAUUAUAUUUUACAAUAAAAUAUUGGCAUAAGACAAACACGUUGACCAUAGAAUAGUCAAUAAGAAUGCAUGAUUUAAAAUGUAUUGUUUUAGAAAUUGUUGGUUUAAUUUUUCCCAAGGAGCUUAGCUUAUUCUUUUAGCCCAAACUUUUUUUGCAAUAUGACAAUAAGUCAAACUAAUAUAUAUAUAUUGGAGUUCUUUUAAUCUUUACACAGAUAUAUUAUCAUGUUACUCACAGAAGAAAUAAUAUAGAUAGCAUGCUUUGAGAUUGUUUGUUGGUAAAACGUAGUACUGUAUGCAAACAUAGUUUUUAAAUAAUGUUUGAUGAAUUUACACACCCUUUAUUACAUAAUAACUUGUGAAUAAACACACCUUACUUGAAAAAAAAAUGCCUGCAUGCUACACAAUCAGCAUUGUAAACUGUUACAGCUGUUGGUAAUAUAUUCUGUGAGCUACUCUUGCCAUUAUUACACAUUUAUUAUUUGUUUCCAUGGCUAUCACAGCAAUCCUUGACUUCACUCCUUUGAUGGAGAUUGGACAUUGAUAGUUACAUAUUGAUCGAGAGGUUGUUAUACCUUGACCUGAAUUAACAAAGGAAGUUGAACAAUGAUGUAUUGUCACCUGGAUGUCGAUAUUUGGAUGACAUUUCACUUUUUCUAUAUUUUUUACCUAAUAUUCAUAUGUACAUCUAAUCUGUACAAUCAAAAACCAAAAACAUUCACGAAACAGUGUAAUACACGAUAAAAAAACUAAUUAUACCUGUUGUUUGUUAUAUCUAAAUAGGACACCAACACGAAAUUACUUAUAGUUAGGGUUUUAUUUGGAAUCGCCUUUCUGUAUUCCCUUUUUGUGGCUUUUGAGAAAUGCAGGUGCCCUAAUUGCUAAAGCAAAAAGUUCUUUUGUAAAAUUCAGAGAACUCUCAACACCUUCAUGUUAUCACUAGUCAUGUGAGUUAUCGAACGACAUUGAGCCUCUUUUUUAUUUUUGUUGUGAUAUCGCAGUUAUUUAAAUUCGGGUUUCUCUUUUACUACAUAUAUUAUUCGAUACCUUGCCUGUGAUAUCUUUUUAGGGAUAAACCAUGACUUUUUGACUAGUUAUAUAAUCUUGUGAUUUUACAAACAAAACCGGUGGUUUAUGUCUUUUAUUGCUUAUAGCAUGUUUUACCAACAAUGACUUUUUGACUAGUUAUAUAAUCUUGUGAUUUUACAAACAAAACCGGUGUUUUAUGUCUUUUAUUGCUAAUAGCAUUUUUUUACAAUUGCAUAAUUAUGUGACAUUAUAGAGGCAAAAAGGAAAAUACUGCAACAUGGACGCAAUAAGACUUUUCAAAGGUUAAAUCAUAUUUGGCUGUUCCAAAUUUUAUGGAAAUCUUCAUUUAAAAAAGAAUCGAAAUUACUUAGAUAUAAAACAUUACUUUUACGUAUAAUUAUCUGACAUGAUACUGUGAAGAAACUGAUCCAAUCGCGGUAUGAAGCAUAUGAAAGGGGCGUGUAUAAUCUCACAUUAGAUACAUAGCAACUUAGAAUGUUUUUCAUGCAGACAAUAGUUGCAGGAUUUUCCAGCUUUGUCAUAUAUUUUCCUUUUUCAUUAAAGGGGUAUAUUUGGGUUAAAGGAGAUAACUCUUAAAAUCAGUAAUGCGUUUCUUAAAGUAAAUUUCAUCGUUGAUUUUAUAAGCAUUUGUGUGAAACAGAAUUAUAAUUAUCCGUGUUUCUUAGACGCUUAAAUAAAAUUUAUUACACAAACGUUGUAGUGAUUUUUAAGAAUUAUUUCCCCUAUAAUGUUUACAUUUUUUACGGUUUAUGUAACUUGCUUAUUAAUGUUACCUUUAUCUUUAUUGCAUAUAUUGUGGACGAUUUAAUGAUAAAGGCCUUACAGAACAUUAAACAGUACACACUUGUGAUCCUAAACGUUUGAAUAAGUCCAAACUUCUUUUUAUUAAUAUCAGUAUUUUCAGAAAUAAAAACGUUUUAAAUGAGCUUCAUGCCUGAUGAAAUCGUUGAGGAUCAUAUUAACAGUCCAAAAAUUCCAACUGAGUACCACUUAAUGCUGUUGUUACGGAUUAUAUCGUUGAAUUGCAAUGCUUAUAAUACUGCAUUUGUUAAAUAAAUUUCCGGUGAUCUUAUUUGUAA